GAGAAUGAAUAGCUGCGUGUGGACGUGUCUCGCGUGAUCGAUGGUCGAAAAGCAUAUCGACACACACAUAUCGAAAAAAGAAUAACAACAAAAGUGCGAAUACAAUAAGAAAAGAAUUGUGUGUGUUUGUAGUGGCAGAGUUGCAGUAAAAUGUGGAGUUCCUCGCCUACGUCACAGCGGCGUCAACGCCAUCGUUGGAGUCCGUCGAUAAUCCUCCACUCGCAACUACUCCAAAUAGUACAAACACUAUUGCUUCUGAGCAUGCGCAGUGCGAAUGGCCAAACGCUAAAUCAACCGCCACACUUUGUGCCCGGCAGUGGUGAUAUGUCACGUUUCAGUUUGCUCGAGAACACGCCGGUCGGCAGUCCAGUCUAUCAGUUGCGCGGCAUCGACCCGGAGGGCAGUCGCUUGAAGUACAGCAUAUCUGGGCCAGUGUUCUCAGUUGACCGCGAAACAGGUGUUGUACGCCUGCGACAAGAACUCGAUCGCGAAACACAAGAUACCAUUGAAGUUAUCAUUAGUAUCACCGAUGAGGGCAUCUAUGGUACCGAGCCGAACACGAUCUCGUUGCGACGCGAAAUACCAGUACGCGAUUACAAUGACAACCAUCCGACCUUUAUUGGUCGCCCAUAUUCGGCAAGUGUUAGUGAAUCGUUGGCGGUGGGCGAUGAGUUGGAAAUCAAGCCACGUAUAAUCGCGAUCGACCGUGAUGAGGGCAUCAAUGCAGAGUUGACCAUCAAAUGUGUACAGGAAAACGAUAUUUGCGAUACUUUCGAUGUGCGUGCGGAACGCGUAGAUGAUGGUAAUUAUACGGCGCACGUUACACUAAAGAAACCGCUGGAUUACGAGAGCCGUCCGUCGUACAUAAUGACGGUUGCCGCAUCGGAUGGCGCGUUGGAAAGUCGUCUGACCUCAUUUGCCAGUGUCUCGAUCAACGUGAUCGAUGUGCAAGAUCAGCCGCCGAUCUUCACAAAUGCGCCAUACUCCGCCACAGUUGCGGAAAACUCGCCAGCCGGUGUGAACGUUUUAACCAUAAAAGCGGUGGAUGGCGAUGUUGGUAUACCUCGUGACAUAAACCUCUCACUGGAUGACGAGGUUUUCGGCCACUUUGUAUUGGUGCCCUUUGGAAAACCAAAGGAUGGCACAGCAAUAUUGGAAACCACCAAUGUGCCUCUGGACCGUGAGAACCCGGAAAUAUUACAAAACGGCGGUGUAUACGUAUUCACGGUACGUGCUACUGAGCUCGUUGAUGGCCAACCACAAGAAGAUUACUCGACGACACGCGUUGCGAUCGUAGUCACCGAUGUAGAUGAUCACGUUCCAGAGUUCAAUGAAAACUUCUUUAAUAUUUCCAUACCAGAGAAUUUAGGAAAAAGCAUGGCUUUACCUGGGCUGUCGGUGUUUGUGGAUGAUCGUGAUAUGGGUGAGAAUAGCCGUUACGAGUUGGCGCUGCGCGAUAUCAAGAACUCAAAGGGCAUAUUCAGCGUUAGUCCUAAGAUGGCGCAAGGACGCGUACCCGUCGUAGUGCGGAUAUUGAAUUCGACGAUGCUCGAUUAUGAUGUUGCGGAUGCGUCUCUCCGACAAUUUGAGUUUGAGUUGGUAGCCACGGUUGAUGGUGAGGAAAAGUCCAAGACAGUCAUACAAGUCAACUUACAGGACAUCAAUGACAACUCACCCAUCUUCGAGCAGAACACAUAUUGUUUCGCUGUACCGGAAAAUGCCACAAUCAAUGAGGAGUUCGGCAUUUUCAAGGCUACAGACAAAGAUUCCAACGAGUUUGGUAAAAUCACUUACCUGCUGAAAGGUUUCGGCUCAGACAACUUCUAUGUAGAUCCCGACACUGGAGGUUUUCAUGUUCAGAAGUCUUUGGAUUACGAAAAACAAAACAGUUAUAGUCUCACAGUUGUGGCUAAAGACGGCGGCGGCCUCGAAUCUAAUGCAAUACUUUACGUUGAUGUGUUGGACGUCAAUGAUAAUUAUCCUAUCUUCGAGAGCGACGAAUAUACGAGAAUUAUACGCGAGGGUACAGCGAGUUUUGAGCCACAGUUCUUUAUACGUGCUCACGAUUAUGAUGGACCCACACAGGGUGGGGGCCGAGUUAAGUAUGCAAUUGUUUCAGAGAAUAGUAUUUCGGGUAAUGUCUUCCAAAUAGACGAAGACAGUGGUGAAAUAACAUUACAUAAAGUUGCAAAAUCAAUGGAUACCGAGCGUGGUGAAUAUGAGCUCGUGAUCUCAGCUACAGACUUUGGCAUUCCACCACUUACCAAUACCACACGUAUCUUAAUACGCGUCGGCAUAAGUGGGAAUCAAAGACCCAUAUUUAAAGGUCACUUCCAAAACAUAGAAAAUGUGCCAGUGCUCGGACCGCCCAGCUAUCGUGUUUCCAUACCCGAAAAUGCUCCUGCUGGCUAUAAUGUUACCACAGUCUCGGCACACGACCCCGAUGGACUCGACGAGCAGUUGAGAUAUCGCAUUGUGGGUGCAAACGAUAAUUUCGAAAUCGAUGAAAUCACCGGUCUUAUCACAGUCUCCACGCACGCACAUAUCGAUCGCGAUGCCAACAUGGACAGUUUUGAGAUUACCGUAAAUGCAGUUGAUGCUGGCACCCCUAUUCCAGAGACAGCAACGACCACAGUAUAUGUCAACGUCAAAGACAUAAACGACGAAAAACCGAAGUUCGAACACGCCAGCUAUGCGGGCUAUGUAUCUGAACGUACCGAGCAGGGCGAGAGUGUGCUCAAAGUACGCGCCAUAGACAAAGAUCUCUCCUCUAAACUCGAAUACAGCAUUACCGGUGUGGUCAAGGCCACCACGAAGUCCGGUGUGAGCAUAACAAACCGUAGCAGCUAUAAGCCGGAGGAGGCUUUCCGCAUCGAUAGUACCACUGGCGAAAUAUUUGUGAACAGCGCUCUACGACAUGAUGUGGCGGCUGUAAUCACAUUCACGGUUGAUGUGCGUGAUCUCAACGCCGAGGUGGAUCCCGAAGGGCAGAUCGAUACUACGGAGAUAACGAUUUAUGUACAAUCAUUUAAAGACACUAAUCCGGUGUUCAAAAAUAAAGGCUGGACUAGUUCGAAACCCGUGAUACAUAUCGUAUUGAAAGAGGAAAUGCCCAUCGAUAGCGCGCUCUUCAUACUACAAGCCGAGGAUCCGGUAACGCAAACAUCGAUCACCAAUUUCCAACUCAUCGAACCUGAAGAGCUUGAGUAUUUCCAAAUAAACGAGCGCACAGGCGAGAUCAUACUCAGAAAGCGCUUGGACUAUGAAGCGCUGGAGACGGGUAAAACCGAGUUCGAUUUUCAAGUUAAGGCCACUUCAGCUGAUGGUCAGCGUUCUACAAUUACGAAGGUCAAUAUCACCGUCGAGAAUGUUAACGACAACAGCCCCAUAUUUGAAGAGUCCGCUUAUAAGGUGACAAUAAUUGAGAACAAAAAGCAUCCCGAGAAGGUGGCACACGUACAAGCGCACGAUAAAGAUGCUGCGUUCACUGAACGCGAUCAACAGCUCGGUUAUCACAAGAUCGUCUACACAUUGCAAGGGGAAUAUGCAGACCUCUUCGAGAUCAAUGGCACCACCGGCGAAAUUGUCAUAGCCGCGAAUCAAACAGUCGAUCGCGAGCGCACGCCGCGCAUAAUUCUACAAGUGAAAGCUGAGGAUUCACCCGGAAAACCGACAGACGCUAAACAGAGCACCGUCGAGUUGACCGUGGAUGUGUUGGACGUGAACGACAAUGCCCCCGAAUUUAGUCAGCACAACUAUACGGGUGUAAUACCGGAAAAUGCACCCGUCGAUGCAUUCGUGCUAAAAGUAUACGCCAAUGACCCGGACGAUGGACCGGGUGGUGAAGUGCGUUAUGAAUUAUUGGACGAGGGCGAUGCAAAUGAUUUAUUCAAGAUCAAUCAAUCUAAUGGUGAGCUAAAGACAAAACGUGAACUAACGGGUAAGGGACGUUCGCAACCUUAUGAGCUGGUGAUACGGGCACAAGAUAAUGGUAAUCAAGUGCCAAAGCAGGAGUCACUAGUUACAGAUGUGGCGGUCAUUGUGUAUAUAGGCGAUGUCAGCGCCAAUGAUGGUAUACCAUAUAUUGUUUCGCCAAAAGUGGGACAAAUGGCUAAUGUGACGGAGAACUCACCUAUCGGAACGCCCGUAUUUCAAGUUGUAGCGAGCGAUCCUGACAAUCCGAAGUCACCCUCGGGGAUGCUCUCGUAUAAGAUUUUGGAGGACACAAUCGACUCGGAGACCUUUGCGAUAGACGAUAAGUCGGGACUUAUAACAACUCUGCAAAUGCUGGAUCGCGAGGAAAAGGAUAUGUACAAUAUAAUAUUAGAGGUGUCGGAUGAUGGGCAGCCAAGGCAAUCUGUAACACGUAUACUACAAAUUACCGUUCUAGAUGUAGAUGAUCACGUGCCGCAUUUUGCGCGCGAAAUCGACGCCGUACCCACGGCUUUUAGAAUACUUGAGGAGGAACCAGAGGGCACUGUUGUCGGUAAUCUAACCGCCAUCGAUGAGGACGUGGGCGACAAUGCGUUAAUCGAUUACGCGAUUAUCGAAGGCAAUAACGAAAAUGUGUUCGCCAUUGAACGAACCAAAGAAAAUAUUGCUAUCAUCAAGACAACGAAACCGAUUGAUAGAGAAGCCGUGGAUUCAUACACGCUAACGGUGAAGUGUUUAAAGCUUGGUGAACCAAACUACUCGUUCAUUGGUGAAGAAUAUGAAGGGAGCGACCUCUCGCUCAUCCAAAUCACGAUCAGAGUAAUCGACAUCGAUGACAACCUACCUCAAUUUUCGCACAAAGACGCCUCAAUUGGCAUACGCAUAAAUGUGCCCAUCGACACAGUAAUUACAACAGUAAAAGCAACGGAUCGUGAUGCCGAGGCGCCACCUAUCAUAUACUCAAUCGAUAAUAUAACUUUCGUGCCACAAUUCUACAAACGCACGCGCAAAAUUGACUCGCGCCCACUUAAGAACCUAUUCACAAUGAACAAUCAGACUGGUGAGUUGCGCACAGGCGGCUCUUUCUCCGACUAUGUAGACGGCUACUUCCAGAUGAAGAUUCGCGCCAACAAUUCCGAGCGUGUGAAGCGCCACACCUUCAACAAUAUAAAGAUCUUCGUGAUACGCGAUAAGUCUUUGCUGAAAUUUGUUUUUGCGCGGCCACCAACCGAGAUACAAGGCAUUAUAAGACCUUUCCAAGAGAAGUUGCAACAGAAAUUGAAACCCCUUGGCUUGGAGCUGCACAUACUCGAUACGCAAGUGUUGACACGCGCUGACUACACGUUGGACUUCACAGCAACAAGCUCGUGCUUCCAAAUGUUUAAGAAUGGCGCUGCAAUCUCGAUGCAAGAAAUGCAAAAACUUAUGCACUCGGAACAAAUGAAACAAGAACUAUUCGAUGUGUAUGUCGAGUACGGCGUGAGUGAGGUGGAGUUGUGUUCGGUGCGUAAACUACAGGUGGCGGCGAGCAUGAUGACCUCAGCGGGCACUUGGUUGGUCAUACUGGCGGCUUUCAUUGGUUUAGCGGCCAUUGUGGCGGCUUGCACGGCUUGCUGUUUGAAAAAGAAGUACAAAAAGCAUUCGAAACGCAGCUUACAAGCCUCACGCGCACCCACUGAACCGUACACUGUCGGCAUGGGCGUGCCAACGCUCUACUACUCGGAGCCCAUCUACGGCCCACUGUCAUAGCAACCAAUCAUUUGGUCUAGUGUAGGCAAAUAUUGAUUAUUUCACUUUAAUAUUUUAAAUUAAAUAUGGAUUUAGUUGUAAGUUAAAAACUCUUGAACAAUACAGUUUCAUAGAUUUGUAGGUAGUACUCCCUCUCUUCAUAUGGUUAGUGCCCAAGACUGCGCAUAUUAAUUAAUUUACUUCAACUAAGUCGAUUUAAAAAAGAAUUAAUAAUAUGCCUGUGAUUUAUUGUUUAUAAUU